AUGGAGCUGCAGCUAGACGCCCCGCCCGCAUUGCUGCCAUCCGUCAGGGACUGGUCGGAGCUGCCACUGGAUGCGCUUACUUUGGUCUUCAAGGGGCUCGACGCCGUCGACCUUCUCAUGGGCGCUGGCCUUGUGUGCCACUCGUGGCUGGAGGCGGCCAAGGCGCCUGAGCUCUGGCGCAAGGUGGACACGGGGCGCGGGCCGCGGGACAAGGAGAGCACACAGGUGAUGUGCGCAAUGGCGAAGGUGGCCGUCGACCGAUCCGACGGGAAGAUGGAGGUGUUUGUGGGGUCGAAUUUUGUUACCGAUGAGAUCCUCAAUUAUAUUGGAGCCAGGUCGCCCUCUCUGAAGGGGCUUGCCCUCUUAUCAUGCUACCAUGUAACCAGCCAAGGGUUCACCGAUCUGGUAAGCAAGUGCCCCCUGCUAGAAGACAUCGAGCUUUCGGGCUGUAUAGGUGUCAGCGGCGACGCAAUGGUAGCCACUGGCAGGGCAUGCCUGCGGCUGAAGCGGCUGGUGCUGGACAAAACUUGGAGGCGUAGGUGGGACAGGGGGGAGGUGGCAGGCAUCUCGAUGAUGCACGAGCUCCGGCACCUUAGCCUCUCACGCAGCGAUAUCACGAACGAGGAGCUCAUGGCCGUCGUCUACGCCUGCCCGUGCCUGGAGCAGCUCUCGGUGGCCGACUGCUACAACAUAGUCGCUGACAACGCCCUGCGAGCAAAGUGUGCCACUGUCAAGACGCUGGGGCUUCCGGCUUCACAGGAUCACCACUAUGAUUGGGAUGAGUUUUAUGCUUAUGGGUUUGGGACCGCUUCCUACCAUGGCGAUAUCGGCUAUGGCUGGAUGUCCAACGAUCGCUACGCUUCGAAUGGGCCUUACGAUUAUGAGUUUGGGACCGCUUCCUAUGACCAUGAUAUCGACUACGGUUGGAUGCCGGAUGACUAA